AUGAAGUUCACAACCGCCACUCUGGCGGCCUUGGCCUCGACGGCCAUUGCUGCGCCCUCGACCACACGCAAGGAGCAACCCCGGGAAGCCGUCUCUGCGUGCUCUUCGGCCGUCUCUUUGGAUGCGAAGACGAACGUCUUCUCGAAAUACACCCUGCACCCCAACAACUUCUACAGGGCUGAGAUCCAGGCUGCCGCCGCAGGCAUGAGCGGCACUCUCAAGGAACAGGCUCUCAAGGUCGCUGAUGUCGGAUCCUUCGUAUGGGUUGACACCAUUGCAAACAUUGCGCGUCUUGAUCCUGCCAUUGCUGACACCCCCUGUGACCACAUUCUGGGUGUCGUCAUCUACGACCUCCCGGGCCGUGACUGCGCUGCCAAGGCUUCCAACGGCGAGCUCGCGGUCGGCGAACUCUCCAAGUACCAGUCGCAGUACAUCGACCCCAUCGUCAAGAUCAUCAAGGCGAACCCCAAUACGGCCUUUGCCCUUGUCAUCGAGCCGGACUCCCUCCCCAACCUGGUCACCAACAUCAACCUGCAAACCUGCCAGAACUCGGCCGCGGGUUACCGCGACGGCGUCGCCUACGCUCUGAAGAACCUCAACCUUCCCAACGUCGUCAUGUACAUGGAUGCUGGCCACGGAGGCUGGCUUGGCUGGAACGACAACCUCAAGCCCGGCGCUGAGGAGCUCGCCAAGGCGUACAAGGCCGCCGGCAGCCCGUCGCAACUGCGCGGUUUCGCCACCAACGUCGCCGGCUGGAACUCCUGGGACGCUGAGCCCGGUGAGUUCGCCUCUGACCCCGAUGCCCAGUACAACAAGGCCCAGAACGAGAAGAAGUAUGUCACACUCUUCGGUGCCGCUCUGCAGACCGCCGGCAUGCCCAACCACGCCAUCGUCGACACCGGUCGCAACGGCGUCCAGGGCCUCCGCGAGGAGUGGGGCAACUGGUGCAACGUCAACGGGGCCGGCUUCGGUCUCCGCCCCAGCGCCAACACCGGCCUCGAGCUGGCCGAUGCCUUCGUGUGGGUCAAGCCCGGCGGAGAGUCUGAUGGCACCAGCGACUCGAGCGCUGUCCGCUACGACUCCUUCUGCGGCAAGCCCGACGCCUACAAGCCCUCGCCGGAGGCCGGAACCUGGAACCAGGCCUACUUUGAGAUGCUCCUCAAGAAUGCCAAGCCUGCGUUCUAG